CCUCUUUUCAUCGCAGAAAUGUUGGAGGGUAUGUCCGCGUGAAGACUCUGCAACCUUUCCCUGCGCUUUCGUCUCCUUGCACCCGCACCCCUUUUCCCAUCUCUUCCCCCUCCAUCCCGCCCCUUUAUUCCUUCCCCUUCCCUGCUGCCCUCAGGAGGCAGGCGAGCCUCGCGUCGUCAGAUCGCAUCCCGGGCUCCUGGGAAUACACAGGAGCCGAGCCAAGCGAGAGCAUCUGGGCGGGGAUUUCAGGAAAAGCAGCGCAGUGAGCGCGUCUUGCUCCGGAUGACUUCCAGCCAAGCUGCUGCUGCUGCUGCUGCUGCUUCCGGGUUCCAGUUACUCCCCGCCUCCUCCCCCUCCCCCUAUCUCCCUGGGACCAUCCCAAUCCCAGUUUGGCGAAUUCACAGGUCCCUUUGAAAACCGAGGAGCCUCCCAGAAAAAAACCCAGCACCGCAAAGUAGUUGCAACCUGUCUGUGUUUCUCCCUCCUUCUCCGGCUUCGCCUCCCGAUGAUGCUUUGAUUUUUGGGGGGAGGCAAACAUCGCAAGGACCAGAAGAUAACGCAUCGGGAGAACAACCGGCGGGAGACUAACAGAGAAGGGAAUGGCAGGCAAAGGAAAAUGGCCCUGGCAGCCGGGCGUGGGAUUUGUAGGAGACCUUUAGGCGUUUAUUGAGGAUGCCUCCGCGCGCCAGAUUUACUUCAUUAUGUCUUCCUCCAAACUCCAAGAUGCGGAUGAGGUUUUCGAUUUUAAUGAUGUGAUUCCAGAGACCCAGAGGCUGGACAGCAGCUUGCAGAAGGCCCGAGCCCAGCUCUCCGCCAAAGGCAGGCGGCAGCGCCCUUCCAGGUCCCGGUUGAGAGACAGCGUCAGCUCCACAGAAGGGGAUGAUAUCCUGGAAAAAAAGGCGGGUGAUAGCUGUGGAAGUCCUCUCCACCGCCUGAGGUCUCCUCUCCACGGUUCCCUCCAGGCCUCAUCUCCUCUCUCCGGUUCCUCGCCCUUCACUCGCGCCGGCGAGUUCUCCUUUGAUGCCCCGACAGUCCGGAGGUCGGUGGAGCAGGAAGAGCAGCCGUCGUCGCCCCUCAUCCGUUACCGACCUCUGACCAACACCUCCUCCCAGGAGGCCUUAGGGGGCACUCCCACCAGCUCCUCGCCCAAGUCCUGCCACAGUUCAGACAGCUCACCCAUCUAUGCACGCAGGGAGAGGCACAGUGAAGAUGACAGCCGGGACACGAGCCCGCCAGAUCCUGCAAGCCCAACUAUUGGUCUCGACAAGAAAACCCGACGGAAGUUUCUGGAUUUAGGGGUCACCCUCAGAAGGGCAUCUUCUGGGAAGAGCAGGAAAGAAAAAGGGGGCAAUCGGCUCUCCAUGGGCAACAGGGAGUUGAUGGAGGGCCCCAGCCGCUCCUCUGCCUCGACCUUCAUGCCUUUCUCCUGGUUCACGGACAGCGGCAAAGGCUCCGCCUCCUCAGGAAGCACUGCCUCCCCCACCUCCUCCCCCAAGAAUGAGGCCUUCAGCCGCAAGAAGUCUGCCUCGCAGGAAUCUACCCUGAGUGAUGACUCCACCCCUCCCAGCAGUAGCAGCAGCCCCAAGACCCUGAGUGGAGCUCAUCCUGAGACGACAAAGUGCUCCUACCCCUACCACACCCUGUCCCAGUCAUCUGAUGAGUUCCUGGAUGAGCCUCUGAGUGCAGCUUCAACGUGGAGCAGUCAGAAAGUGGGACAGUGGUUGGAGAGCUUGAACCUGGAGCAAUACAUGGCAGAAUUUGCCGCCCAGGAAGUGGACGGCCAGCAGCUCCUCCUCCUCGAUGGAACCAAGCUGAAGGCUCUCGGCGUCAGCAACUCUCAUGACCGUUCCCUCCUCAAGAGGAAGCUGAAGGAUCUGAACGCGGCCGUCGAGAAGGAGAGGAAAGCUCAGGAGAAAGUAGAGAAACAAAAGAAGCAGAAGAAGAAAGAGCGGGAACUGGAACAGAAGAAGAGCUAAGCUAAACGGAGUGUGGGGGGCGGGAAAUACGGGGGUGGCCGCUUCCAGGCGCACGGGGCUCACACCCUCUUCACCCACGGAGCAUUUCUAGGCUGGGGGUGGGCUGGAUCAUCUGCAAACUGGGAAACGGAAGGGGGAGGGACCAGAAGCAGGCGGCGCACUGCUGGCGAAGGUUAAGGGUUUGGGUGGGGGCUGAACCUGCUGUGGAACCGGGCAUGACGGAGAUGGCGGUGGCAGCCGGACACCACCGCCGAUGGCCGAGUUGGGCCACGGAGGAGAAGGCGAUACCUCUGCCCAGUGGCGUCCUCACCCCCUUUCAUCGCCUGGACGGUCCAACCGCAUGUUCAGUGGGCCCAGGAGCCCUCCUGAUGCGGGAAGGGCGGAGGCGCAGAUGCGAACCAAAGCCACGACCGGCGAACACCUUCCGAUCACACCUCCCGUCAACUCCAUUCCGCUCCCUCCAGCGGCCCGGAUGUGUCCGCGCCCAAUCGGUGCCAUUUGGGUGUCCCCUCACACCGCCUCGUUCCUGCGAGGCGGGCCACGGCUGCCUCAAGAGACACAAGCCACAGGUACACUUGUGCGCACAAACACACUCACACACCAUUUCCCCAAACGGAAAAGGACGAGAUGAAUGCACAGCACCACUACCUUGUCUGUCUCUCCCCACUCCCCAGCCCUGCAUCCUCCCUCCUGAACGGGUUCUGUAUCAGGUCUACUCAGGCCUGACUUCUUCCCCACCCCCGCUGCACCUACCUGGCGACCUGCAUUGCGGAGAAAAGGGGGCAGGGGGAGGCGGGGGCAGGCUCAGCCAAGAGGAAGACAUGUGUGAGAGAGCCACAGAUGUCUGGUGAAUACACAAUGAGAAACCACAAGGAAUAAAAGAAAGUUUUAAAUUGUU